AUGUUUUUUGUUUUUCCUCCCCCCUCCCAUAGCGCUGACUUAAAGCUCUUGGAAGAAGCCACGAUCUCAGUCUGCAAGUCUUUAGUUGAGAAGAAUCCUCGAACAGGAAACCUUGGCUCGUUGAUUAAAGUUUUUCUUUCUAGAACCAAAGAGUUAAAAAUUUCAGCAGAAUGUCAGAAUCACCUCUUUAUUUGGCAGGCUCACAAUGCACUAUUUAUUAUUUGCUGUUUGCUGAAAGUGUUCAUCAGCCGAAUGUCAGAAGAGGAGCUGCAGCUUCAUUUUACUUAUGAAGAGAAAGCACCAGGCUCUUAUG